AUGCGGACACGCGCACAGGCGGCCGACCCGUCAACAAUCGACGUCGCCUACCUUGCGUCCACCUACGAUGUGUCCGACACCGACCUGCGCGCCCUCCUCGAGGCGCCAACCGUUGAAUUGGCAGCCGAUUUGCUGCAAUCGUUGACGACCAAGGGACAAGAAUUUGACGCUUUGAAGGCGGAGAAGCUGAGAAUUGAGGUUGAACUGGAGAACACCGUUAGGACUUCAGACACCAAAGUGAAGGCUCAGAAGGCCGCUGUCACCCGACAUCAGAAAGAGGUGGAGCAGCUGAGGACUAAACUGAAUGAGUCGGAGGCUGCUCGUGAGAGUCUGGCGAGUGAGCUGGAGCAGCUGCGUUCAUCAAGCUCUGUGUCAUCUGCAGACACUCAGGAGCUUCGCCAACGCAUUGAAACCCUCCAAGCAUCUAAUCGCGAUGCGUUGGCUCUUGUGGAGAGCAAACAGAGCGAGAAGGAUCGAGUCGCCAACGAGCUGUCCGAGCAGCACUCGAAACUUCUGGCUCUACGCCGUGAGGUUGGUCAGCUCGAGGAGCGCAAUCAAGCACUGGAAAAUGCCGCCUCCUCGCAGAAAUUCAAGGAGCAGUCACUACAACAGGAGAUCGACCUCCUCAAACGCAACAACGAAUGGCACUCGAACGAGCUUCAGACCCGCAGCAAGGAGCAUGCCAAGUUCCGCAAGGAACGAAAUGCACGCAUUUCCAACCUUGAACGCGAACUUGAAGAAAGCAAUGCAAACGUGCAGACGCUCAAGCGCACCGAGACAACAUUGAGGCAGCGUUUGGAGGAGCUGCAGGCCAAGGCAGACGAGGCCUUCGCUCGUGUAGCAGGUCUACAGGAAGAGGCUGCAAGAAAGGAGCAAGACUUCAGAACUGAGCUUGCAAGCAGCAAGCGAUUAGCAGAAUUGCAAGGCCAGAAUGCUGCAACCCACAAGAUGCGUCUCCAAGAAGUUCAGACAGAGCUUGAUGACAUCCGAGACGAGUCACACGCAGAGAUCGGUCGACUCCAAACCGACGUCGAGACUGAACGUUUGGAUAAGGAGGACGCCGAGAAGAAGCUGGCUGAGCUUGAACUCAAAGUACAGAGCCUGGAAGAGCGAUCUCGGCCCGCCACGCCUCGAGAGAAUGGCGGCGGUCCACAAACACCAGGCAGAGCUGGCUCACCAUCCGCCAUGCCUGGUUCGAUGCGCAAGGUCGUUGGUGGCUUGAGCUUCACGCAACUCUACUCUCAAUACAACCAAGCGGUCGAGGAUUUGGAGGGCGAGAGAAAUCGCAAUGCUAAGCUUUCCACGGCAAUCGACGGUCUCAUCACAGACCUUGAGAGCAAGAAGCCGCAUCUUGAAGAGCUUUAUGACCAAACAAAUCGAUUGGAGGAGCAGGUGCUCAACUACUCGCAACUUCUCGAGGAGGCCCACCGAGCUCGUGACGAAGCAGCUCAGAAGGCCGAUGAGUACUAUGGCCAAGCCCAAUCAGCAAGCGGCGAGUCCGAACUUCUACGUCAACAGCUUCGCGAUCUAUCCACUCAGAUUAGAAUGUUGCUCGUUGAGCAGCGGAGUCGCGAGGAGGGUAUUGGCGAGAUGUCUGCGGAUGAGCGUCUGGAGCUGGAGCGUGCUGCUCGCGGAGAGUUGGAAGAUGGCGCUCUCGAUGGUAUGACUGAGACUGGACGCCUCAUCUCAGAGCGUCUAGUCAUCUUCCGCGGAGUGAGUGAGCUACAAGAGAAGAAUGCCGACUUGCUACGGUCUUGUCGCGUGGCGUGGGACCAGAUUGAGAAUGAAGAGGCGCGGGCGAAGUCGAAGAAGGCUGCAACGGACGCACAAGAAGUGGAAGAUUUGCGGCAUCAACUUGAGCGUUACAAAGACGAGUUGCAGGCCACUGCCACGCAGAUUGACAGCUACAUGAAAGAGCGUGAUAUGUUCCGUCGCAUGCUCAACCACCGCGGACAACUGCCGGCCGAUGCAGACUUGCAGUCGAUGUUUGAACAGAGUGUGGCACCUGCCACACCAAUGCGUAACAGCGUCGGCCCGCCAGCGACUCCAAGGAGCAAAGACGUGGAAGACUUGAACAAGCUGCUCAAGGAGCAGCAGACGUUCUUCGACCAGUACCGCAACGAGUCAAGCGAGGAUCGCCGCAUGCUGAGAGAGCAAGUGGAUGCUCUUGCGCGUGAAAAGAGCACUCUACAGGGCGACCUUGCUCGAGUGCAAUCGCAACUCACUCUCGCUACAGAACGCUUCGAAAUGCUCCAGUCCAAUUACAGUGCACUGCGCAACGAGAACGGCGAGCUUCAGAAGCGCUCGCAACACAUGGCCGAGCAGGCUGCAAAGCAAGACCUCCGUACUCAACAAGUUGCCGAGGAGUUGGUCGAGGCUCGAUCGAUGGCCGAGUCUCUGCGCAACGAGAAUGCAAAUACGAAGGCUGAGAAAGACUUGUGGAAGAGAAUCGAAGCGCGCUUGACCGAGGACAACAAGAACCUCAUGGAAGAGCGCUCUCGACUGAACAAGCUUGUCACCGACCUGCAGAAUCUUCAGAACGAGCGCGAGCUUUCAGAGUCGGAGAAUCGUCGUCGUCUGCAAGGACGUGCGGAGCAGCUUGAGUCUGAGCUGGCCGACGCCAAGAAGAAGCUGGAGGCAGAAGUCGAUGAGAGUAGGAAGGCAUCACUUCGUCGAGAGUACGAGGAGGGUCAGAGUCGCACUCGAAUCGAUGAUCUGGUGAAGAGUCUCAGCACCGUGCGAGAAGAGCUUGUCGCUGCCAAGACUGCCCGAGACGGUCUCCAGUCGAGAGUAGAUGAGAUGAGGAUCGAGUUGCGCUCUGCCGAAGAGAAGGUGGUGGCUCUACAGCCUCGUCCUACACCUCGUACAGUACCAACUCAGAUUAGCGAGCAACAGUCCAACGGCGACAAUCAGGAGCUCCCGGCUGAGCAGCGUCUUGCUCUUGAGAUCUCCGAACUUCGUCGGGACCUGGAACUGUCCAAGACGGAGCUCGAGAACAGCAAGCAGCAGAUCGAGCAAUACCGGUCCAUCGCUCAGGCCACCGAAGAAGAGCUGGCCAACUUCAACCAGACGGCGGAUCAGUACAAGGAGGACACUGAUCGUGUGAUUGCUGAGAAGGACGAGAAGAUCAAGCAGCUCGAGCAGCGCAUUGAAGACCUAACUUUUGAGCUCACGACGUCUAACAGCGAGCUCUCCGAGCUUCGUACGAAGGCAGACGACAACAACCGCGUGCUUGCCGAACAGAAAGCUUCCUUCGAGUCUGAAUUGACUCGCCUUCGUGACGAUGUUGACCGCCACGCCGAGGAGAAGAAAUUGUUCCAAGAAGAUAUCAAGGCGCAGGCAGAGAUUGCCCAACAGGCACAGCAGAGCUACGAGGCAGAGCUUGUCAAGCACGCCGAAGCAGCCAAGUCAUUGCAGACCGUCCGCAAGGAGUACAAUGACCUUCGCACUGAAGUUGCCGGACUCAAAGCCGAAGCAGAUGCAGCGAAGGCAAGCUUGGAGCGCGGUGAAGAGAGCUGGUCCGAGCAGCGUGAUCGCUUCGAACGUGAACUGGAAGAAGCCAAGCGCAAGCGCCAAGACGUGGACGAGCAGAACAGGAUCCUGCACCAGAACUUGGAGACCUUUUCCAGCGAACUCGCCGCCCUACGUCAAGGCCGUGCUGAAGGUGAGGCACGCGAAGGCAGUCCUUCGGUAUCGGGCGACGGCAACUUCCAAGAAGUGAUUAGAUUCCUUCGUCGCGAGAAAGAGAUUGUGGACGUGCAGUACGAGUUGUCGAUCCAAGAAGCCAAGCGUCUACAGCAACAACUCGACUAUGCGAACAGCCAGCUUGAGGAGACGCGACAGAAGUUGGCGGAUGAGAGACGUAAAUCGUCCGAUCAAGCAGCCACUGAAGGCAGCACCAACAAACUCAUGCAAACCAUCAACGAACUCAAUCUCUUCCGGGAGUCAGCGACGACUCUCCGUAACGAGGCAAGACAAGCGCGCGAGAAGUUGGAGGAGAAGACCAAGGAGAUCGACCGCCUGGCCAGCGAGCUGGAACCACUGAAGGGCCGCAUUGGCGAACUUGAGGGUGAACUGGAGAGCAAGCAACGCGAAAUGAAGCUGCUCCAAGAUGACCGAGACCAUUGGCGCGAGCGAACGCAAAACAUCAUCAGCAAGUACGAUCGCGUCGACCCGACCGAGCUCGAGGACAUGAAGAAGCAGCUCGAGGAGCUCAAGGCCGAGAAAGAGCGACUUGAGUCUGAGCAGGCGCCGUUGCGCGAACAGAUCGAUGGCUUUGAUGAUCGCCUCGAGCAACAGAAGAACGAACUCAAUCAGACUAUGAAGGAUCGGUUGGACAGAUUCCGUGAGCAGGCCAAAGAGCAAGAUCGCAAGCGGACUGCUCAGAUCAAGGACGGCAAUGAAAAGAUAGAGGCUUUAAAUGCGGAACUCGAGAAAGCCAAAGCCGACCUCGACACAGCGAACGCCGAACUUCAACAGACCAAGACUGCGCUUGAAGAAGAACGUGCCCGAAAGUCCAACGCAGACGACGCCGAGGAAGGUCAGGUCCAGGAAGAUGGCACCGCAGUCGGUGGUGAGGAGCAUGCGGCACUCAACGCUAGGAUUGCUGAAGCCGAGCAGCAGGCGGGCGAGCAUUCUAGCAGGGCGCAAGUACUCGAUGCUGAGGUGCAGACUCUGCGAGCUCGUGUGCAGGAGCUGGAGGGUCAAGUCGCCGGUCUUCAGCAACAGCUUCAGGCUGCGCAGGCCCAAGCCAAUCCCGCUGGCGAGCAGAUGGUGACGUCUGUCGAGAAUACCGAGACGUUGGAAAAGUUGAAGCAAGAUCUCGCCACAGCACAGCAAGAAGUUGAGACUCUCCGCGCUACGACCUCGACAGCAUCCGCGCCACCAGCUCCUAAUGCUGAGCCAGCUCCUGGCGAGAGAUCAGUCGCAGAGCAAGUGAAAGACGAGGUUGCUAAGCUUCAAGCCGAGAUCGAGCAACAGCAUGAACUUGCCAAGAAGCAGCUGGAGGAAGAGCACGCUGCCAAGGAGAAGAAAUUGAAGUCUAAUCUUGCCCGUCAAUUGAGUGACGAGCGCGUCAAGAUACGGGCAGAGGCAGAAAAGGAGCUACUCGAGCAGCACGCUGCGGAAAUACAGCGCAUCAAAGACGAGCACAACGCCGCCUUGGAGCAGUUGAAGGAAGCGCACAAGGCGGAGCUGGAAAAGCUUUCCAAGGAAGGCGGAGCGGCAGCUGAUCAAACAAAGGUUGUCGACACAGUGAAGACGGAGGCUCCCACCGGCGAACUGGAUGUCGCGACCUUGGAACUGACAGAUGCUCAGGCCCGUGAAUUGGUCAAGAGCAAUGCUGCGGUGAUGAGCCUUCUCCAAACCAACCUCCGUGCUCAGGUGGAUAAGCAGACGGAGAAGCUAAGGCUGACCAUUGCUGCGAAGGACGAGGAGAUCGCCAAACUCAAGGAGCAACUUCAAAAGGGUCCCUCGGGUGAAGCUGGGGAAACGCCAAACAAUUUAGUGACCCGUGAGGAACUUGAGAAACAGCUUGCGGCAGCGCAAGAAGCCAAGGAGAAGGCCGUCCGCCAAGCUCACGCGCAAGCUGAGAUGAAGGACAAACUCCAAAAGAAUCAGCUGGUGAAUCUGCAGGCCAAGAUCGCCAUCGUGAAGAAGGCUGCAGAGGAGACGCCGACGAAACCGAUCAAAGAGGUCCACGAGGAGGUCAUGAAGUGGAAGCCAGCACCAAAGGCAGCCGCCCCAGCUGCAGGUACACCUUCUCCAGCCUCUGCAGUGCCGUCUUCGGCACAAAAGCCUGGCUCUGCGGUACCACCAGGCACUCCCGCCACACCUUCUGCGCAGCCAUCUCAACCAGUCGCAGCAUCGCCAAACCCUGAAGCUCCGGUUUUCGCUCCCGCAAGCAGCGCAGCUCCCAACACUGCGGCGCCACCGCCUGCUGGACCAAACGCAGGCACAGGCCCGGCCACAUUGCGUGGCAAUUCGCAGUCCGGCCCAUCGGGCAUUCCACAACCAGGCGCGGCCGGUGCUAGCAAGCUCCCACGAGCACCAGGAAACCGUAGUACCAGCAGCAGCGGUGGUCCAGGCAUGUCGAUCCAAGGAGCAGCGUCGAGCCGCGGUGGAGCUACGUCAGGCAUCGGCCGUGGUGGCAGCUUCAGAGGACGUGGUGGUCUGCGAGGCGGCACGACUGCUAACGCCGGUCAGAAGCGCACGCAUGACGGUAAUGGCGAGAAUGGUGAUGUGAAGAGGACGAGAGGCGGUGGACCCGGUGGCGCUUCAUAG